AUGCAUGCCAUUCAUCUUCUAUCAGCAUUACCGCUACUCAGCAGCGUGGUACACGCAAGGGCAUGGUUUCCAUGGGGAGCAUAUGCCCACCCUGUCACCGUGAAGUGCUUGACUGACGAACAAGCACAAGACCUAGCGACCCGCUAUGUAUCUCGUUAUGACACAGGGGCAGUAACAACCCUCGCCGAUCUGACCAGUAUCGUCACGACAGACUUCACCAGCUACGACGAGACUGCGACCGGAGGUUAUAGCAACCAGCCAGCAACUCAAGGCAUUCAGGAGUUUUUCGACUCGCUGACCGCUAGCGGCCCAUCUUCCUUCACCAAUGCCGUGCAGUAUCCUCUGUUUGUCCUGCACGAUUGCAACACUAUCUCGUAUCGAUGGCAAUUUGAGGCAUACUCCACUGGGUAUAAUGCUACUGUUCCAGCUGGCAAAUUCCUCAAGUUCAAAGGGACCGACAUCAUCUCAAUUGAUCUGGAGAAAAUGUUGGUUUACAAUGCUACCUCAUCGGGUGAUUGGAUCAAUUUGGCUCGAGAACUGGGCCAAAUUGGAAACUUCUUCCCUUAG